GCGUUCCUUGUACGUAAGGCCAACCAAAAUGGCGAAUCGAACUGUUAAAGAAGCAAAAUCUAUUAAAGGGACAAACCCACAGUAUUUAAUAGAAAAAAUCAUAAGAUCUCGUAUAUAUGAAUGCAAAUUUUGGAAAGAAGAAUGCUUUGCACUUAGUGCUGAACUCUUGGUUGAUAAAGCUCUUCAAUUAAGAUUUAUAGGAGGGACUUACGGAGGAAAUAUAAAGCCAACGCCAUUCUUAUGUUUAAUUCUUAAAAUGCUUCAAAUCCAACCUGAUAAAGACAUUGUUGUAGAAUUUAUCACUCAACAAGAUUUUAAAUAUGUUCGAGCUUUAGGGGCUUUUUACAUGAGAUUAACAGGAACAGCCCUUGAUUGUUAUAAAUAUUUAGAACCGUUAUAUCUCGAUUAUAGAAAACUACGUUUUCAAAAUAAAAUUGGGGGCUUCGAGUUACUUCAUAUGGACGAAUUUAUUGAUCAAAUAUUUGUUGACGAACGGGUAUGUGAUAUUAUACUUCCACGACUCACAAAACGAUCAACGUUGGAGGAAAAUAAUCGCUUAGAACCUCGAGUAUCUGCACUGGAAGAUGAUUUAGAAAUGAUGGAAGAAUCUGCUCCUCCCCCCAAGUCUUCAAAGAAAGAAGAAAAAGAAAAAAACAAAGAUAGAGAAAAGAGUAAAAAAGAAAAAAGAAAACGGAGGUCUAGGUCUAGAGAUAGAGAUCGAAGAUCAUCCCGAUCCAGGUCACCGAAGCAUAGAAGAAAGGAUAGAGACAGAGACAGGGAUCGGGACAGAGACAGAGAUCGGGACAGGGAUAGAGACAGGGAUAGGGACAGAGACCGGGAUAGGGAGAGAGAUAGAGACCGGGAUAGGGGUAGGGAUAGAGACAGGGACCGAGACAGAGAUCGAGACCGAGAAAAGGACUCAAAGGCUAAGGAAAAGGAAGAAAUUGAGGAACAAAAUGCUCUCAGAGCCAAAUUGGGUUUGGCACCUUUGAGACCAUAAUUUUUUUUAUUCGUGUAUACUUGUACAUAGUUUCAGUUGAACUUGUUAAUACAUUGAAAAUAUUAUAACUAUCAA